AUGAUGGGACAGACACCGCAGACGCUGGGGGAUGGUGUUGCCCCUGAGGAGCUGGAGUGCAAGAUCUGCUACUGCCCCUACAGCCUCUCUAGUCGCCGGCCCAAGGUGCUUGAGUGUUGCCAUCGGCUGUGCGCCAAGUGCCUUGCCAAAAUCCUGGACUUGGGGGAGUCUCCACCCAAUGCAGUGGUGUGCCCAUUCUGUCGGUACAUCACUGGUUUGCCUGGGGAGGCAGUGGGCAGUCUUCCCGACGACUGCAACUUGGUGACGGCGCUGUCCCUUCAGGUGCACAACCACAGGAAUCUUCAAGAUGGAAGCGGAGAGAUUCUUCUCAACCCUCGGCACCUCAGUGCCCUGGUGGGGCCGUCUGCCACAACCCCCCCAUCUUCCUUGCGCAGCUCCAACUAUGUGGUCAUCACCAUCAUGGAGCCCCGGCCGGAGUCUGGCAACCGUCAGCCCAGGGGCCUGGCCGCCUUUGGCAGGGACUACCGCUCCUCCAGCCUGGACUCCAUGGCCUCUAUCACACAGAGGUGGACAGUGUGGAACUGUGCGGCCCUGCUGUGCCAGACGUCUGCCCGAGCGCUGGUGUGGCUCCUGGGCCUGCUGUACUUCAGUUCUCUGCCUCUGGGCGUCUAUUUGCUCAUAAUGCAGAAAACCACGUUGGGUGUGCUGCUGGUCAGCCUGGUGCCCGCUAGCCUACUCAUGAUCAUGGCGUAUGGGCUCUGCCAGUGCCUUUGUCAUGAAUUCUGGGACUGUGCGCCACCUUGA